AUGGGCUUAAUAUUCGAACUUGAAAACAUCAUUUUACAGGUACGAACAGCGGUAGCUAAUGUUGCAUCUGAGACGCUGCAUAAUUUGUCUGCGCCUGAAGUUACAUCUUUGAAAAAUGGUUUUCGAGUUGUUACGGAAGCUAACGAACGGCCAACUGCCACGGUAAUCGGUAUAUGGAUCAAUUCCGGAAGUCGUUUUGAAGAUGAAACAAACAAUGGAACAGCGAAUUUUUUGGAACACAUGUUAUACCGUGGUACAAAAAAGCGUUCGCCAACUCAACUUGAAAUAGAUUUGGAAAAAAUUGGGGCUAAAUUGGAUUCAUAUACUUCAAGAGAAUAUAAUGCAUUUUACGUAGAAUGUGCCUCAAAGGAUGUGGAGAAUGUAAUCGGACUUCUAGCGGAUGUGGUGCGCAACAGUAAGUUAGAUCAGGCUGCUGUAGAAACAGAGCGUACUCGCAUAUUAUGCGAGAUGAAUCGACUUAAAGAUAAUCCCAGCGAAGUUGUUUUUGAUUAUCUUCAUGACGCUGCUUUUCAAGGAACGCCAAUGGCUAAAUCUAUCUACGGUACAGAAGAAAUAGUGAGGAAUUUGACACGAAAUAACUUACGGAAGUACGCAGAUGUUCAGUAUAGGCCUUUGCGAAUGGUUUUGAGUGGAGUUGGGGGCAUUAAGCAUUCUCGUCUUGUAAAGCUAUCUGAACAAUAUUUCGGUGAUCUUGUUAAUGGACCAUCAGAUCCUGUUCAUUAUAUUACUGGGAUUCGUUUCACAGGCAGCGAGUUUCUUUAUCGGAAUGAUAAUAUGCCUUUUAUGUAUGGUGCACUAGCAGUUGAAGGUGUCGGCUUCAAUCACCCUGCUGCUAUUCCGUUAAAGAUUGCUAGCACAAUGAUUGGUGAUUGGGAUUGUACACAGCUGUCAUCAAGUAAUGCUGCUACUUCUGUUGUACAAAAAAUUUCCAAUGGCUAUGAUAUCCAUCAGUUAAAAUCGUUUUCCAUCAAUUAUAGUGAUUGUGGUUUAUUUGGAUUCUAUAUAGUUAUGACGGCGGAUGAUAUAGCGAAGACUACUUUGGGUAUGAAAGAAGUAAUUAGAGGAUGGAAAAAGUUGGUCUCUGGUGUAUCCGAAGAAGAAGUUGAAAGAGGGAAGAAUAUGUAUAAAACGGUUGUAUUUUCGGCAUUAGAAUCAAAUACUGCUCGAGCUGAUGAUAUUGCGAAGCAGGUCUUUCAUUCUGGCAGAGCGCAGUCACUAUCCGAUCUUGAUUUUGCUAUUGAUAAUGUUGAUAAAACUACAUUAAGUGAGGCUAUGGAUCAGCAUGUUUAUGAUCGAGAUUUCGCUGCUGCAGGGAUUGGACGUACGGAAGCAUGGCCAGAUUACUACACAAUGAGAAUCGGCAUGAGUUCGUGGCGAUUAUAG